AGACCAUUAAUGACUGGUAUUAUAUGGAGAAAAAAAAACAUCAGAGCUUUGGCAUCGCAUUCUGAUGACGUAUAGGACUCUGUCAUGGUAGAACGAUGGAGGUGGAGACAGCGAAUCAAGAGAGUUCAUGGCUUCCGCUUAUUCUUGAAAUUGUGAAAUGCAUGGAUAAAGACAACCAGGAUGUGAACCAGGAGCUUUCGAAGCUGAAGAGCCGUCUCCAAGAGACCAGGGAGAAGAUAUUGGCCAUGCCCGAGAUAGAGAGCAGUCCUGGGGAGCAACAGGAGCAGCUGAGGUCUAUGAGGGACCAGGUGGAGACCAAGACUCAGCUCCUGCAGAAAUACAAGGGCCUGUGUGUAUUUGACUCCUCCACAGCACAGAAGGACCAAUGAUGAACGGAUGGAUGGACGAACCAUAGAGAAGGUCCAUUGGCUGGUUCGUUAGAGAAUAGUUGAAGAGAAAGAACAUGCCUGGCAUGGACUACAAAAAGAUUGUUCAUCAUGCUGGAAGGCUAGAUGGCCAUUGGCAUUCGUAGAUUGCACAUACUUCAGCUCUAGCCGUAGCUAGAUAUACUUUGUAAUAGCAGCAUAAAAGUGUUGAUCAUACAGGCCAAUAGCUUCUGAUGUAUAGAGUAUAUAUUUAGCUAAUUCUAUUGUCAUAUGUAUUGCAAAACAAAACAAAAAUCUUAAGUCAGC